GGUGUUGUUUCUGAUGCUUACCCGAUCUCAUAAGUACAGAUCGGGAGUUGGGAAGUUUGGGAGUACCAAAGGCUCCCGAGAAGUCCAGCCGAGUUUGAGGCGUGGGGUUCGAUCUAUUGCUUCAAGUCUGUUCCUUAGGUGCUCAAGUAUUUUGGCUCGAUGUGCUGCGAGAUCUUUCCCGUUUUGUUCCAUGCGGGUGAGGAUGGUUCUCCGAGUGAGCUCUUGACUUUGGGAUUUAUCUAUAGGUAUGGUGAGAAUACCUUAAAGAUCAGCCAUUUCUUCGAGGGUAUGUACCGAUGGUAAGGGCAAUAUCAGUCUUGUAUAGUGAUUCGGGUAUUGGGAUUGUCUUCUUUUGGUCUAUCAUUGUGUUGGGUCCAAACUUGAGAGCAUAGACGAUUGGCAUAGUGAAGGACCAUGAGGUGCCAAAGGGGGUCGUUGACGCCCGUUGUGGAAGGCUUGUUCUAUUUGUUAUGGUUGACUCGGUCUGCUCUAAGCUUGUGAGAGGGGUAUCGGUUUUGUUUCUUAUUUCGGAUCAAGUAAGAUCAAUAGCAUCAUGGAAUAGUUCGGGGGUUCCAAAAGCCAUAAGAGAUGGAUCCAUUUUCAUGCUUACAAACCUUAGAUCGGGUUCUUAGAAAGGAUGCGUGUUAUUUCGUUCCCACAGCCGGCGCCUAAAUGUGGAUCUUCAAACUCACACUAUGUAUUUUAGAGUGUUUGUAUAUAAAGAUUAGAGAAGAAAGAACUAGGGAACAAUUUUCUUAGAGCAACAACGAUGUAAACAAUUUCGAGUUGACGAAAAUGAAUAGUGUUGAUGAAUAUCGAGCUACACUUUUUAAAGGAAAUAAGAUCGAAACUACAAAGAUAUAAUAAAAGGUUAUGUGUUUGCUAAAGAUAUCGAGUAUGUAGGUAGUUGAUCCUGAAUGUCCUCCAUCUCUUACCUUCUUUCUCUUUUUAUACUUGUCCUCGUUGCUUUCCUCUUAUAUAUCUCCUUAUCGCAAUCCCGAAAAUCUCAGGGAACCUCUCUUUCCUGUUACCGCAAAUGUCGGUAUCCUUGUAGCAGCAUAUUCCCUGACUUGGUCGUACCCACCUAUGCAAGCUUAUCCUUAUCUCUAAAUUAUCGGUCUCUACACGCAGCUCGAAGCCAAGGUUGAAGUCGAAUACGUCCCUUAGACAUUGCUUUCUCGUGUUUUGAGCUGUUCUUCGAAUGGAUGCGGAAUACGGGUCCAAAAGUAUGGUUUCCCUUUAUCUUUCCUUCAAAAAAGAGAAUAAAAGCUAAAGGUUGGUUUUGAUAUGCUCAGUGACAUAUUUUAUACUUGAGCAUAUGUACUAUGUCAUGUUACUUUUUUCUUUUACUUUUAACUAAUGAAAGGAGAAACAAAGAUAUUGCCAAGGCUCUCUAUAUAUAUACCAACUGUGUGAGCGUUAAAAAAGAUUACUAGAAAAUGUUAGCCUCUGCGACAGUCUUUGACUGUCACCUCCUCAUUGGCUGAAAUAACAAAUAAAGGCAACAACAAAAACUGAACAUAAACAAAGACUUUCUGCUUUGGUUAAGAGCAUAAAGAAAGACUUCUUCAACUUACAUCUCACCUUAAGUUUUCAAGUGUUUUUAGCUCUUUCCCAUAUAGCCAGAUCUUACCAUGGCAGACUGGUCGUUGCUUCCAAAAGACUUGCUGGAACUAAUCAGUGGUCGCUCUCAGACAUGUUUUGAGAUUGUUCACAUCCGUUCUGUCUGUAGCUCGUGGCGAUCAGCCAUACCUCGGCCGAGCUAUAGGAUCGGAUUAUGCCUUAAUAGCCUUCUACCUGUUUUCAAUCACAAGCCUCGGUUCGAAGGCCAUACGCAGUGCAUACUUAAAAAGAUUCCAGUUUUCCUCUUCAGAUUCCAGACUCCCUUUGGUACUGACUUUCUGUUGAUUGAAGUGACCGACGGAGAAUCAGGUGAACAGAUAUUGAUGUGCCCUUUUCAAAAUAGAGCUUGGAGAUAUAAAGAUGUGACAACACUCAACACUCUAAACUCUCAAAUCAUCCCAUUGGGUUAUUAUUACAAGAUAAACUUCUAUGCUAUAACAACUAUACGCCAUAGAACACGAAGUGAGAGUUAUACCAAGAGAGUUGCGUUUCUUCGUUUGGACGGUAAAGAAUUUGCAGUAGUAGCUGGAGUGUUGGGGGAUUUAAUGAUGUAUAGAAGCUGUGACAAGGGCUGGACUAAACUCGAGGGUAGGUUUACAGCAUAUCGAGAUAUGGUUUCAUUCAAAGGCAAGUUUUAUGUUGUUGAUAUGAGUGGACAAGGACAUGUUUUUGUUAUCGAACCCUCAUUUCAAAUUACUGAUAUCCAAGCAGUCACAUUGUCUCCCGAGACUUAUGAUGAGAGACUGGUUGUGUCAGGAGAUGAGCUCUUCCUGGUGCAGAGAUUUACUCUAGGAACGUAUUGUAAUGAAUAUAAGCAUUCGUGGUUUAGAUUGUUUAGGCUUGAAGAAGAUGGCCAGAGGAGAUGGGUUCGCAUUAAUGACAUAAAGGACCGAGUGGUGGUUCUUGGUUGUGAUUGGAGUCUCUGCUGCUCGGCGAAAGAGCUUCCCGGUAUGAAAGGAAACUCCGUUGUGUUCAAUGAACCAAAGUUCCGCCAUGAGAGAAUCUUUGUGUUUGAAUUAAAAACCAUGAAGACCAGUAAUGCUUUUACCGAAUGCAGAGGCUAUAUGUUUGGCGAAAAUCGAGAGUCUUUGUUGUCCUGUGGAAUUCUGAUGCACCGAAUCCAGACUCCAGCAGACGGCUUCUAUGACUCAUCAAGUGAAUCUGAAAUAGAACCUCAAUGAAAAUGCAAAGUAGAUCGUGAUUGCUCGAAUGUGAUAUCCAUGCGGUUUGUUUAUCUUGCGUACAACUUUUACAUGCUUCAGUUUGGUUUGAUUGUAUUAGCAUCCUAUCUUGCUUUGUCCAGAAAUUAACUCCUAGUUUGGUUAUUUUCUUCAAAAAGAAACUCUCUGUGGUAGCUUUAAAGGAUAACAUUGUUCGAGCCUUACAAAGUAUGCAAACUAUGAUUCAUGUUCCCACUAGUAUGGCAAAUAGGGAUGCAAAAAAUUUGUCGUUUUGAGAUGCCACAGAACACAAUGUGAGUGUAAAGCCAAAGAAGCAAAGUACAAAGAACAACUGAACCAUUGAAAAAAGAAGGAACAGAAAACAAUAAAUAAGGCAGACAAUAGUGAAGUAGUAGACUAGUACUAAUUAACCACAGUGACAACAGAUAAGUGGUUUCUGAUUAAACUAGUAGUCAAGCUUAACCGGAUAUCGAUCAAUGCAGUGUUCCCAUGGACUACUAACCGAAGGCUUGACAUCGUCCAGUGCCACCAAAACCGCCCUAUUACACUUAAACCCACUUCCAAAAGCAAUCUGCCAAACCCUGUCCCCUUUCUUAAUCCUGCCCUAGGCCUCUAUAUAAGCCAGCUCAUACCAGAUAGAGCUCGACGAAGUGUUUCCAAAUCUAUGCAACGUCAUCCCCGAUGCCUCCACAUGUGUUAGAGAAAGCUCCAGAUUCUUCUCAAGCUCAUCAAUCAUAGCUCUGCCACCCGCAUGGAUACAGAAAUGAUCAAAUGCAAGCUUGAAAUCAGGGAUGUAAGGCUUCAUCUUAGCGUUAAACAGCUUCUUCGCAACCAAAGUGGCGAAAAACAGAAUGUGCUCGCUUAUGGGAAGAACCAAAGGACCUAAAGUAGUGAUGUUGGCCUUAAGCGCUUCUCCAGCUAUAGCCAUAAGAUCUUUCGACAAAGACACGCCCGUCUUCCCGUUAUCGUCCUGUUCUUGGUAAACACAGUUGAAAGCCUUCUCAUUAGCUCCUUUAUGAGUCCUCACCGUAUGAACCAUCAUGUACUUGGACCGCCUACGAUCACUAGCCUUGUUGGAAAGCAAAACAGCCGUCCCACCGACCCGAAACAGGCAGUUCGGGAUCAGCAUGGCCUUCUUGUUCCCAAAAUACCAGUUUUGAGUAAUGUUCUCCGUGCUUACCACAACAGCAUAGGUCUUCCUAUGAACUUGCAACAUAUCUUUAGCUAAGUCAAUGGAGAUAACACCAGCACUACAUCCCAUCCCACCAAGAUUGAAACUUUUGACGUUCCCUCUAAGCUUAUACUUGUUAACAAUCAUGACAGAUAACGAAGGAGUCGGGUUGAACAAACUGCAGUUAACGACCAAAGACACCUAUAUCCCUAGGGUUAAUUUUGGUGUUCUCGAAGAGUUUGUCGAGACAACCAAACAUGACCUGCUCUGCUUCCUCACGCGCGGCCACCAUGGUGGUGCGUGGAGGGAUGCAGUGCAAACCCUCAGGGAGAUACGUCUCUUCUCCCAAACCCGAUCUCUCGAGAAUCUUCCUCUCUGAAACUCGAGAGAAGACUCGUUGAAGUCUUCGAUGACUUUGGAGUGAUCCAUGAAAUUCUUGUACGGGACUCGAAGGCUCUCCGGAGGGAGGUAACAAGAGUAGUCCACGAGGUAAACGGAUCUGGGCCCGGUCAUGACGAAGACGGUGCAGCCGAACACGGCUAAAGCCGAGAGGAGGAUGAAGGAGACGAGAUUGUACUGGAGAUGAAGCCAAAGCUUGUGAAAGUCGUCUUGUGUUAAACGCGAGAUCUCUGAGAUCACGACAGCCAUUAACGGAACCAAACAGAGCUUGAAGAGCUGUUUGAUGAGGUGAUGGUAACCGAGCUUGACGUAUUUCAUGUUCACGCUCUGUAAGAAAUUCGGAAGCUUUCGAGACGUAUUUUCGUUUUGGAUCUGUACCGAUCCGCCAUUGACGGGCUCUGCAGCUUCCAUGGCCGAUCGCUUCAGAAACGGAGUCUCCAACAAAAGUGGAAAUAAAAACGUUAACUUUCGUUGAGAGUGUAAGAGAGUAUGUGCGCCAAUAUAUAUAAUAUAAAAAGGGUUCUUUCAAAAAAAAUAGGCAAGUGGUUUAGUGAGAAGACGCCAUUGAUGAACACGUAUAUGGAGAAAAGAAGAAAACAUUUAAUCUGCCAAGAACUCGUGUUAUGAUGUAGAGAGAGAAAACUUUUUUAUUAGAUUUUUGUUUCUUAGCUGUUCUUGUGUUUGUGUUUGUGUGUGAGUGCGUAAACAUAUAUGGCUAAAGGGCAAAUGUGUGAUUGCAGUCAAGUCGAAGUAGAAAGUGGGAAGCGUUAUUAAAUUUUACAACUCGACACAAUUGUUCAAUCUAAUAGCAAGAUUAUUGGAGGAUUAUUAAAGUAGAGUUCUUAGCGAAAUAUAAUAAUCUGUCUCUUAACUUUUAACUAAAAAAACUAAGAACCGACUCUUAAAUAAGAGUUUUAAGAUAAAAAACGUGAUUCAUUAUAUUAAGGAUGUUCUUAUUUUUUUAGUGAUUCUAAAGACUGACAGAGUUCGCCCUAGAGCUUAACGCUCCCAGGCACGACUUACGAAGCAGCCGCUAGAUCGAAGAUUUCAACAUGAGCCUCUGCCUCCGGUGUCCCUCCUCCGGCCCGCUCCACUUCUGACCGCCGCGACUCCACUCUCUCCGGUCUAUCCGUUACUUCACUCCGACCUUUCCGUCACUUCACUCCGGCGUCUCUUCUCUGUUUGGCUCCAUGCUGUCUGAAGGUGUGACUCUGCUCAAGCUACUACCCUCGAGUCAGGUAGAUUCAGCAGAACAACGGUUCGUUCUAGGUGAGAGGACCUUGUCAGGGAACCUCGUCGCUCCUCCUCGUUCCCCAGAGCCACCAGACCCACCGGUCCCGCCAGAUCUACUCCAUUCACCUCUGAAUCGAACCAGUACGCAUCCCUAUCGUCCCUUCAGAUCCAUGAACACGCAGCUUGAUCGUUACGUGCCAAACCUAGCCUUAAGGGCCGGGUCUCCACCUCUGCAAGAUUGGUGUAGUAAUGUGGAGAUUUUGGUUGAAGAAAACGUCUCCAGGCUGGUCUCUCUCCAAUACUUAGCAAAUCAAAGCUUUGAGGACUGGCUUUUGAUUGUUAAAGUAUGGGUGGUGAUUUGCUUCGUGGAUGUUCAGCCCUUCCUCUUCACCUCUGGUGGUCUUUCAACCCCCUUCAUCUACGAGAUCCGACGACAUCGUGGCGUUGAGGCAAAGCUAAACCAGAUCUGCCUUGCCGGUAGAGUCUACUGCUCCACCGUACUUGUUGCUCCCUGCUUCUCCACCGCCAUUCAUGUUGACCUCCUCCCCACCGGUAAUGAUAAUACCACCACCGCUGUUGGACCCGAAUAUGACCCUCAGGUGAGGUACCGAUAAGCGUGAGCUAGCAUGUGGGUUGCGAUAAGCCCAUCAUAACAAAGGGAGCUGAAAGCCGAGCUGACGACUGGACCUGGGAGACAUCAUAGCAGAGGUCACGACAGAAAGUGAGCUAACACCUUAAGAGACUCGGUCAAGAGGAGCCUAAAGCGAGUUCCGUAAUUGAAGCCGAAUAUCUCGGAGAACAGUUGAAGGGUUGCCAACGAAACCUAGACUAUAUAAAGACGGAGAAGAUAAAAGACAAGCCAUCUCUUUUCCAUAUAUCAACUUUUGUACUAGAUUAAAAGCAUUACGUAUUCUUUAGUAAUCAUCUCAAGAUACAUUCCUUUGUAUUCAUCAUCUUUCAACUCAUCAAUAAAAUCAUAUUCAUUCUUCAAGUUUA